UAAUCAUUUUAUACCAGUUCAAAUUAAAAAUAAAUGUAGGAAUUUCAACUUUUGUGUCUUUUUUACAUAUUAUUCAUUGGUGCGUAAGCAAUUUUCUGACUCGUAAGUUUCGGUACGCAAAUGGUUUACAAAAGUUUUCAUAAUGGAAAAUACUUUAUAUCCUUUAAACGUGGCUUCGAAGAGACCAGAAGAGAUAUUACUAUUUCUAUUGACAAAAUGCAAGAAAAAGAUUCUUUGCGAAUAAGUUUAUCAGACGACGAAGAUCCAGCUUUUCUGUGCAGAAUCGUUUUAACAAGAUGUGAUUAUGAAGAUCUGAAAAAACAACAAGGCCUUUUAAUAGAUUUUGAAAAUUUUCCCUCUCAAAUGGUGAAACUAUUACAACAGUGUUCUUCCAAUAAUAUGUUUCUGAUUGUACACCAAGUAUCACCAAUACAGUAUAAUUUUGAGAUUGUAGAACACAAUGAAUUUAGACGACUAGUACAUUUGUCUUUAAAGACUGGACCAGCUAAUGACGAUGAAGUAAAGCAGCAUAUGUCCGAGACAAUCUCACAAUUGAAGAAUUCUUUGUCAUCCCUAAAAAGUGCAUUGUCGAGUACUGAAAUGCUAUGGAAGGACAAGUGUUUGAAAAUAGAAGCCAAAGUGCACGAUCUAACUCACACUGUGUCUAUCAUGGAGGAUGAGAAAGCUCGACAUCAAAAAGAAUUUCAAGAAGCUUUAAAACUUGAGAGAGAUAGACUCAAAGAUGAAAGAUUGCAAUGGCAAAGAAGUUCAGAAAUGAAUACCAACAAUCUGCUUGCUUGCUCCCAAGAGAAUUUAAAUAAAAAAGAUAAGCAAAUUAGUGAACUAAACUCACAAAAUCAACAGCUCCAUGAGAGAAAUAAACUUUUGGAGAAUCAGUUGAGUGAAAGAGCACACCGUUGCAAUUUGUUGGAAAAUGAAGUUCAAGCAGCACAUAUGGAAGUGGCAACACUUAAGGCAAAAAAUGCAAUCUUGGAAAAGGAGAUGAUCGAAAGAGACAGAACCAUAGCUGACUUAAGUUCUAAGUGUACUUAUAUCGAUAAGACUAUAAAGGAUAAUAAUACAGCAAUAAAGGAGUUGAAUGAAACGAUACAAACAUUGAAAAUGGAAAAGGGCACCUUAGAAAGACGUUUAGCCAUAAGUGAGUCUUUAGCAAACAAAAACAAUGAAGCUGCACAUACAACAACAGAACAACUUAUAAAAGCAAAUCAAAUUAUCUCCAAACAGAAUAAUGAUCUCAUUGAAAUUAAAGAGAAGUUAUUAUGCAGAACUGAAAUUGCUUUAGAGCAAGAGAAGGUCAUAGAACAAAAUACAAAAGAAAUAUAUGAUCUAAAAUCUGAAAUUGGAAUGUCGAGAAAAAAUAUGGAAGAAUUAAAAAAAGAAAUACAAAGCUUAAAAGAAAAAUUUGAACACAGUGAAAAAGCAUUGAAAGAUAGGGAUGAAACUAUAAAAAAUAAUAAUAUGGUUAUUCAAUGGCUUCAUAAGAAAAUAGAGGAGACUGGUUUUGCUGCGCAAACGGACGGUAGGAUGAGAGGGAUUAAUUCAGCAUCUAGCUCAACGCCAUAUCUGGCGAAAAACAAUCAUCAACCUAUUGAGGAGAUUACUGAGGAAUCUGUUAAUUUCUAUGAGCCAUCAAAAUCAUCAAACUUUGAUGAUAGUCAUACGCCAUUAAAGACUGUACAAAAAGGAAUUGAUCCCAAAUAUUUGAAACCAGCGAGUGACGAUAAUAGGAAAAGUAAAGAGUCCAUCCAACCGAUGUCUUCGCAGAGUUCAAAGGGCAAAGAAAAUAAAAACACUGAGCUUCCGAAGGUAGACUACAGAGAAAAAAAGUCUUCGAGAGGCACUACAUACCGCGCAACGCCUGUAUCAGCUUAUUUUCCAUAAUAAGCAUAAGGCUUUAAUAUAAAUGUAUUUAUUAUCUUUGUAA